GACUCGUUUCUCCAUAUCAAUAUCAACCUUCAUCUACAUCUUGUCGUUUUACUCUCUGUUUUACUGUAUCCAUCUGUGUCUAGAUCUUUCCCAGUGUCGUUAUGGGCGAAAGAAGUUGCUUGGACUUUCUUAGAAUCUUUUUGAGAUUCCUCCUCAUCUUUGUCAAUAUCUUCGUUGUGCUUUGCGGUCUUGUUGUCCUCAUAGUGGGUAUUUGGUCUAAGGUCCAUGGCGAUACUUAUAUACAAAUUGUUGACAAUCCCUCAACUUAUGAACAGAUACCAGUCCUUCUGAUAGUAAUUGGUAUAUUUGUAUUGCUGCUCGGACUAGUUGGUGUGGUUGGAGGUGUGUUUGCCAAUACUGUUGGUGGACGAAUCAUGCUAGGAUUGUAUGGGUUUGUGCUAUCUUUGUUGGUGAUCAUUGAAAUUGCUGGUGGUAUUGCAGCUGCAGUUAAGAAAGACGAUCUUGGUGGUGCAUUCAACAAAAGUGUCAAUAAUACAUUCACUCGUUACAGUAAUGACACUAGUAUCAAGCACACUUGGGAUACUGUACAAAAAUCAUUUAAAUGUUGUGGCACCUACAACUAUACUUCUUAUACUAAAAUACUAGGAAUAAACCCACCAACAUCGUGCUGUAAAAGCAGUAAUCAUAACUGUAACACUACUGAGACCAACAAUAUAUAUACAAGGGGUUGCACACAAGUUGCUUCAGAUAAUGUCAGCACUGUUCUUGAAGCUAUAGCUGGGGUCGCUAUUACAUUUGGUCUACUUCAGGUCAUUGGCGUGAUUGUGUCUUGCUUUGUUGCUGUUGCUGGACGCAAAGAGAGCAGAAAUUAUCAGGUUGUGUAGCUCAAGUGCAAUGAACUAAUUAAAAUGGAUCCAAGAAUACAUAAUGUUAUUUUUUGUAUUGUGUAAACACGCACACACACAAGAAACUAUAGUUUUUUAUUGCUGCAGUAAUAGUGGGUGUGGUGUUAAUUAUUAAUUAAUUGAAA